CAUAAGAAGAAACGUAAUUGAGUUAUUUGUAGUGAGGUGGAUGGACCUAGAGUCUGUCACACAGAGUGAAGUACUGAUGAGGAUGAAUGUGAUUUGGAGAAAUUAUUUUUCUCGUCUAAGGAUAAGAAAGAUGCCUCACAGAUACCGAAGUAGUUAUCACCCAGUGGCCCCUCUGGGAUCAAGGAUUUUAACUGAUCCAGCCAAAGUUUUUGAACACAACAUGUGGGAUCACAUGCAGUGGUCAAAAGAAGAAGAAGCAGCAGCCAGAAAAAAAGUAGAAGAAAACUCAGCUGUGCGAGUCCUUCUGGAAGAGCAAGUGAAGUAUGAGAGUGAAGCUAGUAAAUAUUGGGACACAUUUUAUAAGAUACAUAAGAAUAAGUUUUUCAAAGAUCGUAAUUGGCUGUUGAGGGAAUUUCCUGAAAUUCUUCCAGUUGGUCAAAAAACUGAAGAGAAGGUAAAAGAAUUAUCAUGGAAUCAUGUAGAAGUUCAUGCUGCAAACUGUUUCUCAAGAAUGCACUGCCCUACUAUGCCUGAAGAAAAAAAUCAUGAUAGAGAAAGUUCUGGCUCAUCAGAUGGUCAAAACAAAGCAGGAUCUGAUUUUUCCAACCUAGACUCCAAAGAACACAGAAAAGGACCUCUGAAGACUGAAUUGUUUCCUGGUAGCAACGCCACUUUCAGAAUCCUAGAGGUUGGCUGUGGUGCUGGGAAUAGUGUUUUUCCAAUUCUGAACACUUUGCAGAAUUCUCCAGAGUUCUUUCUUUAUUGUUGUGAUUUUGCUUCUGGAGCUGUGGAGCUGGUAAAGUCGCACGCGUCAUACAGAGCAGCCCAGUGCUGUGCCUUUGUUCAUGACGUUUGUGACAAUGGCCUACCCUACCCUUUUCCAGAUGGGAUCCUGGAUGUCAUUCUCCUCGUCUUUGUGCUCUCUUCCAUUCAUCCUGACAGGAUGCAAGGUGUUGUAAACCGACUGUCCAAGUUACUGAAACCUGGGGGAAUGCUGUUAUUUCGGGACUAUGGAAGAUACGAUAAGACUCAGCUUCGUUUUAAAAGGGGGCAUUGUUUAUCUGAAAACUUUUAUGUUCGAGGAGAUGGUACCAGAGCAUAUUUCUUUACAAAAGGGGAAGUCCACGAUAUGUUCUGCAAGGCUGGGUUAAAUGAGAAGCAAAAUCUGGUCGAUCGUCGCUUACAAGUUAAUAGGAAAAAAAAAGUGAAAAUGCACCGAGUUUGGGUUCAAGGAAAAUUCCAGAAACCAUUACCCUUCACUCAAAAAAGCUCCAAAUUGUCCUUAGAGUGUCUCAACAGCUCUCUUCUAUCAAAUGGCGUCCAGGGCUUUCCACCCAGCCCAUGCUCCUGUCCCAGCGCCCAAAGCUGGUGCUGCUUCCUGCUGCUGCCGAGGGCUCAGAGGAGCCCAACCAGAAUUGAUCAUAAUCUAAAUGGGUUUACGAGUAGAGAACUUCACCUGCCAAGUGGGUCUUACUUUUCCUGAAGACAUGUUUUUUCUUUUGUGAUCAUGCCCAUUAAGCACUGUGAAAUUACCCAAAGAGAUCUGCAGCGUACUUUAUGACCUCCUAAACAGGAUCAGAGGAACCUCGCACAAGGCCCUAGGCUUGAAAGAACAAAGAAACCUACCCAUCAGUGACUCAAAUGAGAUAAAAGAAUUGUGAUUGGAAGACCCCAAAGACCUUUGAUUUCUACCUUGAAGAAAGAAAUACAGAAGCUCAAUACUGUGGCUCCCUCCCCUUCCUAUCACCUUGGAUGGCUUGCAAAGACUUGGCUAUCACCCUGCUCUGGAGAGCCCUUGCUCAUCUGAGUGAGCUAUUUGUUUUGUUGUCAUCUGAACCACAUGACUGUGGAGAGACACAGCUCAGCAGCCAUAGCUGUAGCUCAGCCUCUCUAUAGCUGACAGG